AUGAUUAUUGCAAUUCUUAUUGUAUGUUUAACUCAUUCAAAACAAACUAAAAUAUGUCGAAAUACUUUUAUACGAACAGUAGAAAGUUUAAUUGGAUAUAAUUCUAGACCUCGUGCAAUUGCUUUAGCAGAUUUUAAUCGAGAUAAUAAAUUAGAUAUUAUUGUAGCUAAUUCUGCUAAAGAUAAUAUUGGAAUAUUUAUUCAAAAUCUUGAUGGAACUUUUCAAAAUCAAAUAACAUAUUCAACUAAUUCAAGAUCUUCACCAUAUUCAGUUGUUGCUAAUGAUUUUAAUCAAGAUUAUCUCUUAGAUAUAAUUGUUGCUAAUUAUGGAAAUAAUAAUAUUGGAAUAUUUCUUGGACAAGGAAAUCUAACAUUCGAAAAUAUGACAACAUUUUCAACUGGAAAUUCACGUCCAUUUUUUAUUAAUUGUGAAGAUUUUAAUAAUGAUAAUCAAUUCGAUAUUGUUUCGAUUAAUUACGGAACAAAUAGUAUUAGUAUAUAUUUUGGAUAUGGCAAUGGAACAUUUUCAAAAGAAACAAAUUAUUUUUUAGGAUAUGAUUCUCAUCCGUAUUCAUUAGUUAUUGCUCAUUUUAAUAAUGAUAAAUUUUUAGAUAUAGCUAUUGCAAAUUAUGGUACAAAUAAUAUAGCUAUUCUUUUUGGAAGUGAAGAUGGACUAUUUUCUACACCAAUUAUUUAUUCAACUAAUUAUGGAUCACAACCAUCUUCAAUUACUGCUGCUGAUUUAAAUAAUGAUAAUAAACUUGAUAUAAUUGUUGCUAAUUAUGGUACACAUAACAUCGGGAUAUUUUAUGGUUAUCCAAAUGGAAGUUUUCAACAACAACAAAUCUAUAAUCUUUAUGUUAAAUCUCGUCCACAAUUUGUUACUAUUGAUGAUUUAAAUAAUGAUACUCAACUAGAUAUUAUUAUUUUAGAUUCAACAAAUGGAUAUGUACAUAUAUUACCUGGAUAUGGUAAUCAAUCUUUUUCUAAUUUAACUACAUAUAAAAGUGAAGAUAAUAUUCUUCCAUUUGCAGCAGUUAUUACUGAUUUUAAUAAUGAUAAUCAAUCAGAUAUUGCUAUUAUUAGUUCGGAAGCAAAUAAAAUUUUAAUUCUCAUUGAUUAUUCAAUAAUAUAUUCUGUUAUUCAAACACAAUAUUCUGUUGGACGUAAUUCACAUCCAUCAUUUGUUAGUGUUUCUGAUUUUAAUUCAGAUCAACAUUUAGAUAUAGUUGUUACUAAGACGAAUAUUGAUAGUAUAGCAAUACUACUUGGAUAUGGAAAUCGUAGUUUCUAUCCAGAAAUAACUUAUACAUUUGAAAGUCAAAGUUCUCCAACUUGUUUAUGUAUUGGAGAUUUUAAUAAUGAUGGUCGAUCGGAUUUAGCAGUAUCGAAUUAUGGUACCUAUAAUAUUGCUAUAAUUUUUGGACUUGGAAAUGGAUCAUUUACAAAUAUGACAACAUAUUCAACUGAAGAAAAGAAAAGAAUGUCGAUUGUUAAACAAAAAUUAAUGUCAUAA